CGGCUGCCGCGUUCCGCCAGGCGCAAAGUGUCGCGCGGCGCGGCCGGAGCUGGGCUGGGGCCCGGGCCGAGCCCGCCGAGCCCCGCCGGGCCUGAGGCGGCGGCGAUGGGCGGCGGGCGCUGAUCCCUCCCCGCUCCCGCAGCCAGGCGCCCGCCAUGGAGGAGGAGAGCAUGGAAGAGGAAGGCGGCGGCGAGGCCAUGAUGGACGACCAGAACCACAACAACUGGGGCGCGGGCGGUUACGGGCGACACCUGCUCGGCGAGCGGCUGCUGCCGCCGGCCGGGCCGCCGCGCCCCGCGGGGCCCGAGCACAACGGAGCGGGGCUGCGGGGCUGCGAGCCGGGGACUGCCGCCGGCAGGGUUGGGGCGGCCGGGGCCAUCGCCGCCAUCAACAUCAGCGCCUCGACCUCCAAGUUCCUAAUGAAUGUUAUAACAAUUGAAGACUAUAAGAGCACAUAUUGGCCAAAGUUGGACAGUGCCAUAGAUCAGCUUUUAACUCAGAGUCCUGGUGACUACAUCCCUAUCUCCUAUGAACAAAUAUACAGUUGUGUGUAUAAGUGUGUAUGCCAGCAGCAUUCGGAACAGAUGUAUAGUGACCUAAUAAAAAAGAUAACUAACCACUUAGAGAGAGUCUCAAAGGAGCUGCAGGCCAGCCCUCCAGAUCUCUAUAUUGAAAGAUUUAACGUAGCUCUUGGACAGUAUAUGGGAGCAUUGCAGAGCAUUGUGCCUCUUUUCAUAUAUAUGAAUAAAUUUUACAUAGAAACCAAGCUAAACAGAGACUUAAAAGAUGACCUUAUAAAGCUGUUUACGGAACAUGUUGCAGAAAAGCACAUUUACAACCUAAUGCCUUUACUUUUGGAAGCUCAGUCAACACCGUUUCAAAUAACUCCUUCAACCAUGGCAAAUAUUGUGAAAGGCCUGUAUACACUACGACCAGAAUGGGUACAGAUGGCACCAGCUUUAUUUUCUAAAUUCAUCCCAAAUAUUCUACCCCCUGCUGUGGAAUCUGAGCUUCAGGAAUAUGCUGCUCAAGACCAGAAACUUCAAAGAGAGCUUAUUCAGAAUGGAUUUACUAGAGGUGACCAGUCACGCAAGAGAGCUGGAGAAGAGUUAACUUACAAUGGCUCAUCAGCUUGUGCAAGCUCCAGGGGAUACAGAUAGUGAAUAUACUGGAUCAGCUUCUAUUCCUGGCCAGAACAGACACUGGAGGAGCACAGGUGAUAUCUGGAGCCUCCUUUGGCAACUGCUGAUACUCAAGCUCUGACACAAACUAUGCCUCAAAGAAGAGUUUUGGGACUUUCUUCUUUAUAUAUUAAAAUGUCAGUUGCUGCUACAGUUGGAAUGACUUUGAAAGACAAAUUCCUUGGUCUGGUCUAUCAACAAGCUCUUCUUCUGUGACCUUUGUGAGGAAUGCACCUUGAAAAACAAUCCUUUCAAAGUGGGAAUGGGCAGCCAAAAUCAGCAGCUUCCAAAAGCAUUAGAACGGAAGAAUCCUUUUUGCACUCUUUUCUUAAUAUUAAGGACAUUCUUAAAACUAGUUAACAUGUCAGUGUAUUAGAUUUUAAACUUCAAGUUAUUUUCUGGAGCUUCUACUUAAAUAAUAAGAAUAAAGUUUCAUUAUUUUGCAGUAUUUGUUUGUUAGUUUAAAACCUGUCAUCUUUCAAGAGUUGGUCCCAUAUAAAUGUAUCUUCUGUCAGGGAGUUUUGAAUUCCAGAUUUUUCUUUUAUCUCUUUUAUUUGUUACUUGGUAUUUUGAAAUCUGUUUUCCUAUGUGUUUGUACUCUGUGCCUUCAGCUUGUGCACUUUGCGACUUUAUAGACCAUAUUUUGUUACUGCAAAAUGUGUUCUUGAGGAAAAACUUGAUGUGAACAAACAUGCUGCAAAGUUGCACUUUUCUCUUGCAUUAAUAGGAAGUGAAAAUAAGGAGGAAGGAAGGAAAGUUGAACCUAUCACCAUCACUAAUAUUGACUUGAAAGAUUGUCCCAAAUUUUUCAUGUGUAUUAAGUGUUUAAUGCAGGGACCAACUCUUGUAGAAUCUCCCUCACUGAUAUUUCAUUGGCCUCAGGAGUUGGACUGGAUGAUCCUUGUCCCUUCCAACUCAGACUAUUCUGUGAUUCUGUGAUUCCAUAAUUGCAAUAGAUGAAGAUGAGAAUUCCAGACUGAACAAAAUACCAGGAUGUGGUUUAUGUUGUGCUCUUCAAGAACACUGUGGGCAAAACUCUCCAGUCUGGUAGCUCUGCAAAGUGCAUCUCCAUCAGCACAAGAUUUGCACUGGGCUGAGCAACGGUACCUGUCCAACAUCACUGUGUGGCUCCUGUGCCAUUUCUCCUGCUGGGGGAUGUGAUGGAGCUGUGACAGUGGGUGUAGUCUGAAUCAGGGAUUUCAGGAGUGAUGUCAAGUGUGCAUGUGCCCAUCUGCCUCCUGCCUCCAGUUUUGUGUCCUGGAGAUCCAGCUGAGCCCAUCUCCAGGAGAUCUGGGCCUAGGGGCUAAGUCUGCUCAUUGUGAUGUGGGUUUAAUCAGCUAUAUGGCUAAUGCAGCUCUUUCAUGAGGGGAGAAACAUACUUGAAAAAGCAGUUUGAUUACAGGGUUUGGGGUUUUUUUUCUUUACUAUGGAUUUAUUUUUUAUUACCUUUAGUUAUGAAGAAAAAUAAGUUGGUAAUAUAAAAAAAAAAAUCUUUCUGAAGUGAAAUAAAAGUUUGUUCAGUUUUGUCUGGCACAACUCUUAUGCCUGUUUUAAAAAACAAGACGAAAUACUAACACAACUCCUUUCAUGCUUGUAUGGGUUCACUACAAAAUGCAAGGAAGAAAGAAAAAAAUAGAUGCGGCAGGGACAAAGUUUCUUUUUGUUUUGUAUCCAGGCUUUAUGUCAGAGGAUUUAAUUCCAUCAGUGUCUUGCCAGCCACUUUGGCAAUGUGAUUUAGUUGGAGGGUGGGGAGGAAGAAUGAAUUUGACACUGCUGGGAUUGAGAGGUUCAAAUAUGAUUUUCCUAUGUCUUUCUUUGCAUAUUUGCAAAGCCUGUAUAAUUUUGAGGAAGUGUUUCUUUUCCAAGACCUAAUGCUUCAGUGUUUUGUGUUCAAUGUAGGGCAAUGCCAGCAAUCUGAACUCUUCCCCAGUGGUGUAAACCAAGCCUCUCUGAAAGGGAUUUUCAGGUGUUGGUAGUGUCUGCUUCAGCUUUGCUACCAGCUACUUAAGUUGGAGCAGAAUUAGAUAAAAUCAGGGGGUUUGAAAAUUUUGUUGAAGUGUGCUGUGGAGAAGUUAAUGAAGGCUAAUAAGGAACAAAAAUAAUUUGCCAUCUUCCAGGUUUUUAAAGUCUUGGCUUUAAACAAAAAUAAAACCUCUGAUAGUGUCCUUAGCUUUAAAAAUCACUGUCUGCUGAAAUGGCAAUAUUCUUGAGUUAAGAAUAUAUGCAUUAACCUAAUUUGGUUAAAUUUGUUUACAACUUCAUUACCAUCCUGGUUCACACAGUACAGUAACCAAGCUCUGUCAUCUCUGUCAAGUGAUCACAGUUUUUCUCUGGUCUUAAAGUGGUUUUACUGGUUCAGGUUUGUAAAUAACAUGUAGUGCUUCUGCUUCAAGUCUGAGGCAAGGGUUUAACAUUCCUUUUCCAUUGCAUUACGUUUGGGACACAAACUCCUAGAGUGACAAUUCCAUCAAAAGGUAAAGCAUUCCUGUCAGUGUGGUCCACUGUGUAUGCACUGAGUAGGGCUUGGAUGCUUCUAGUCCUGUUUAGCAUUGUCACCACUGCCCCCAUGCCUGAGGAAUCUGUUUGUUGAGCACUGUAUUAUGUUGUAAAUUUGGCAUUAUUUACAUAAUGCUGAAAUGUUGUUUAUCUGUUGAAGACAUUAUCAUUGUGACUGAGCAUGGAACAGAAUACAGGAUACUAUACUAAAUGAUUUUGUUUCUCUGUAAACUUGCAUUUUACUUAACAGUCAAACUAACUCAGCCAACUUGAGCAUUGGUACUGUAAAACCAGAAUUACCAACAGCAUGAUUCUAACUUCAGUAUUUAAUUUAACCAAAUAACUUGUGGUGAAUCUGUUGCAUCUGUAGCUUACUCUGUUAAGCAGUGAAGUUGGUUAUACAAUGGGUGUCCUCUUUAUGUUGCACUGGUUCUAUAGCCAAGCUUGCUACAUUAAAAUAUUUUUAGAUUAAUUUCAUUUCUUUAUUUGAGAAGUUGAAAUAUUUGAAUUCAGCUUGCUGACUAAUGGUUGACAGUUGUUAUUACAGGGUUAAGAUGGUCUUUGGUACAAAUGAUGGGGUUGGGGGUUUAACCAUGUCAGUACCCAACUCUUCUUCAGCUGCAUCUCCUUCCUGCAGUUGUUGGGGAAAUGUUUACAGAUUAAUGCAUUGAAGUUUUUGACUCCUGUUAUUUGAUGGAAAUGUGAUCAGCCAAACUCAUCCCUUUUCAUUUGUCCCUGACAUGAUUUUUUACUUUCUAAAAAUUACAAAAACCGAACAAAACCCUCAAGAACUACAAAGGGCAUGUUUUGAGUGACUGAAAAAUGUUUCUCAUGUACACUGUGACAACCCUAGUGAAAGGAAUAUUCUGUAGAACUAUGGAAUAAAAACCAACCACUUGAA